CUUUUCCACUAACUCCUGCUGCCAACAGAGCUCUGACAGACAGACAGACAGACAGUGAGAGACCGAUUACCAGGGAGAGAAAGAAAACAGUGUGGAUUCAAGAACUAGAAGAAAGCGAAUGAAAGAACAAGAAAAGACAAAGAAGAAGAGCUGGAAGAGAGCUAUAAAGUAGAGGUGGUGUGCGCUGACGUGGAUCAAUCACACUCCUCAACUGUUAGUUUGCAAGUGUAGUGCGUCUGUCUGUCCAUAUCUUGGUUAAUCUGUGCUUUUGUGAUUCAAAAUCAGCCUGGUAGUAAAAACCUUUAAAGAAACACAAAUAAAUAAAUAAAUAAAACUUAACCUGACUGAUAAAAAGCUAUCAUCUAACAAGCCUACAUAUUACAAUGGCUCCCAAGAAGAAGUCACCCCGGCCUAAGAAGUCCAUUCCUGAACCAACAACAGUUGAGAGUGGAGUAGUUGUCCCAGAGCCUAGUGUUAAGAAACUUGAGCUUCCUUUUAAUGUUGAGCAGCUGAACCGGCUCAAUGGGGUGCCCUUGCCACCCCCUGUGAUUAAACCUGGGGAGAAAGGUUUUGGCCUGGGCAGUGAGCUCACCCGCCCCCUGCAUGGAUCCGCUUUGCUGGAGGAGCUGAGCCGCAUGAGACAGGAACGAUUCCUCACUGACAUGGAAAUAGCCUGCAAAACCAAGGCAUUCGAUGUUCACAAGCUAGUAAUUUCCUCAGUCAGCCAGUAUCUUCGUGAAGUCCUGGCAAAGGACCCUGGACUCAAACGGCUGGAACUUCCUACCCUCUCACCUCUCGGACUUGCCAAUGUGAUUACGUUUGCUUACCUGGGCCGUGUGCACAUGUCCCUGUACACCAUUGGCUGCACUGUGUCUGCAGCCAGCACCCUACAAAUCCCUCAUCUUCUCCAGAUGUGCAUGGACUUCCUGAUGGCUGAGCUGAAUGUGCACACCUGUGUGUACGUGUGGAAUAUUGGCGCUGCAUAUGGCCUGAUGCCUGUCCGCGAGGCUGCCCGGCGCUACAUUCUGGAGAAUUUUGCCCAGUUUUCUGAGACAACCCAAUUCAACCAACUCACCCUGGAACAGAUCACAUCUUUCCUCCAAGAUGACAACCUAGCUCUUCCUUCAGAGGUCACCACCUUUCAGAUUGCAAUGAGGUGGUUAGACUUUGACCCAAAGAGGCAAGAACAUGCUGCAGAUCUGCUGUCUCAUGUGCGCUUUGAGACCAUCCCUGCCAAUGACCUGGUUAGUGAGAUCCAGCCAGUGGCGCGUAUGAUGCUAGAUCCUCGGUGUCAUCGUCUUCUGGUGGAUGCCAUGAACUACCAUUUGCUGCCCUACCAGCAGAACACAUUGCAGUCACGGCACACAAAGGUCCGCGGAAGCCAGAAUGCUCUUCUAACCAUUGGGGGUCGUCCUUCACUAACUGAGCGUGCCCUAAGUCGAGAGGUGCUUUGGAGAGAUCCGCGAGAGGGAAUGGCUACAUGGCGUCAUCUUACUCAGCUUCCAGCAAAGAGUUUCAACCAGUGCGUGGCUGUGAUGGAUGGAUUCCUGUAUGUGGCAGGAGGAGAAGAUCAAAAUGAUGCCCGAAACCAAGCUAAACAUGCUGUUGGCACCCUUAGCAGAUACGAUCCUCGCUUCAACACUUGGCUGCAUCUUACCAGCAUGCGCCAACGACGUACCCAUUUCAGUUUGGUGGCCACUGGUGGACGGCUGUAUGCUAUUGGUGGCCGCAACACUGAAGGCCUCUUGGCCACCAUUGAGAGCUACCAGCCCUCUACCAACACUUGGCAACUCCGUACUCCAAUGGAUAUGCCACGAUGCUGCCAUGCUAGUGCCGUCCUACCGUCGGGAGACAUCUUGGUGACUGGUGGGUAUGUUAACUGCGCUUACUCUCGCUCUGUCAUUUGUUAUAGCAUUGACAGUGACACUUGGAGCGAGCAGGGAGAGUUGGAAACACCUCGUGGCUGGCACUGCUCUGCAACAGUAGUUGACAAGGUGUACGUGGUAGGAGGUAGCCAACUUGGUCCCGGCGGAGUCCGCAUUGAUGUGAUGACCAUGGAGGUCUUCAACCCUGAGAGCAAGGAGUGGACCAGAGCUGCCACCCUGCCCCUGGGAGUGAGCACAGCUGGUAUGUCUCCACUGGGAGAUCAUCUGUACCUGCUAGGCGGAUGGAAUGAAGCAGAGAAACGUUACAAGUCAGUAGUCCAACGCUACGACCCAGGCACUGACAGCUGGUCAACAGUGGAAGACCUGCCGGAACCCAUUGUGGGGGUGUCCUGCUGUGCCCUUCCCUUGCCCCCACGUCACACAUCCCGCAGACACCGGAACACACCUUCCAAUGAAGAUCAGAGCAGUGUGACACAGCAUAACUCUGCAUGAGAAAGAAAAGCUGGGGGAAAACAAAGAGCAAGAAAGAAACCGGUGAAAGGAGAGAUUGUUGAGUGUAAGAGAGAGAGAGAGAGACGUAUUGGUGAAAUGGAAAUUUAAAGAGUAGAAUGUAAAAAGAACAACAGCAUGAAGGGAAAAGCACAGAAGUCUUUGUUUUUUAAAACUUGUUCUUAAACUCCAAAGAUGCAUUAAGUAUACAGGGAGUUCAAAGACGAGGUACUACCUAGGGCCCAUAUAAAGAAUGUGAAAGGUACAUUUCACAAGAGCCUCUGCAGUGCAAGGAAUUUAGAGGUAUUUUCUUAUGAGUUUCUAUAAAUGAGUUUUAGAAAUUGAGCUAUACAGUUUUAUUGAAAAUACCAUUUUGGAUUAUCAGCAAGCUAAUUUAGUAGUACUGAAUUAAGUAAUAUCAGUUUAUUUAUUUCUCGCAUUAUUUAUUGUUUUUAUUUAUUAUAAGUUUAUCGAUUUUCUCUUAACCAAACCCAAUAACUGCAAAAGUUUUUCAGGUCUACUUAAAUUUCUUAUAUGCAAAGAGGUGCAAUGCAAAAGUCAAUACCCACCUCAGACACACAAUUGGGCACCAAACUAUUGAUAUUGCCCACCAAAGAAUGUGCAUAAUGCCACACAUAUUAACCAACAUUUUUAGACUGGUUAUGAAUAAAAAAUAAAUAAAAAAAACAUUUCCUGUUUAACCCCUUUAUGUAUUUAAGUUAUAUUAAAGGGUCUUUAUUUGACUGUGUAGAGAACACCUAUAAACAGUAUAAAACAAAACCCUUUAAAAGAACCAGUAAAAAUACCCAACAAAAUGUCAACAAUUGAAUACAUGGCCAAAUGGAAAUAAAUGCAUAAUCUGGAAAAUGUAGCAGAUUAGAGCCUUGACUGAAGUGUUGUCUGGUAAAUAGAUCUCUGGGAUUUCAUUGAAUAAAACUUGUUAAAAAUAA